UCAACUAACUUAGUAAUUACUAGAAGGAAAUCCGAGAUGGUGUAUUUUACUUAAAAACCAACCUUUGAAGCAUUAACCACAAAUUUGCCAUUACCUUUUAAUUUCCCAUUUAAUAAAAAAAAUAGAUUUUUAUCAAAAGAAAUAAAUAAAAUUAAAAACAAAAAGCUCUGUUCUUUUCUAGUUUACGACAAAACUCAGAACACGGGUUCUUCUUCUCUAGUUUGUGAAGUGAGAGAACCUCCAUCAAAGGAGGUCCGACAAAUCUUUCUCCGAGACCUCUUUCUCCAUUCUUCAUUACAGUCUCUUCCACUGUGUAUCAGCGUCAUCUCUUUCCUCUUCCAUCACAACUCAAUCUUGCCGGAGGAGAUUGUUGAAGAACUCGAUCCGCCAUCAAUUCUCUGUUACUUGAUCAGUGAGACCCAAAUCGAAGGAAUGGCCUCAUCUUCGGGUAACAGGAAGUAUCCUCCGCGGCUUUACCAGAUUGGUAAAACACCGAAUCAAAAUAGGAGCAUGAACCACAGUUGUUUUCUAGGCAACUUACAAACGCUGAGAGAGAAUGUCGGCGAAGACGUUUGGGACGAGUUGAGGGAAUCAGCUGUAGGUGUGAUUAUCAAGCUGAAGGAGUUGGAUUACACUUGGUCCGCAAAACAUGUUCAUUACUUUCUCGUGAAUCAAUUGGCAGUUCAGAGCAGUCAUGAAGUUUGGUCUUUGAUAGUAGACCAGCCAAUGAGGUUCUCUUUGUAUGAGUUUGGAGAUAUUAUCGGGCUGAAUUGUGAUCCCUAUGACACUGAAGAACAGUGGGAUGUGGCUCAUGAAGAUUUUUGGUUGAAGAUGAAAGCUCCAAUUUCUGAAGGACCCAAGUUGAAUGAACUUCAAGCGCUUUUUUCGGUCAUCGGAAACUGGCCUAGAGAGGAGCGUGUAAUGGUUGGCUUGUUGUGUCUACUAUCCAUUGGGAUAUUUGGCAUUUCAAGCAAUAGUAGAAUACCUCUGCAUUUGGCGAAAAAGGUGAUGGAUCCAGCAGCUUUUCAGCGCUAUCCAUGGGGUCGUGUAGGAUUUACCAGCCUUGUGGAUUCCAUAAAAAUGGUGACAUACGAAGUUGGGAAGAGCUACACACUACAUGGUUGUGUUCAUGCUUUGCUCAUUUGGAUAUACGAGUCUAUGCCAGGUCUAGGAGAGUUAUAUGGCAAUCGGAUAGAGGAAGCUGAGGUUCCACUUCUGUCAUGGCAUGGUUCUCGUCAGCGUAUCAACUUCCCAAACUUCUGUGCACAAGAAAAGAAAAAAUAUCAGAAGAUUCGUGUAAGGCAUAUGAUUGUAAAAGCAAUGGAGGAUAGAUAUCCGAAAUGGGGUGAAGAUGAACCCCAUCAGGAUUUGGAUAACAUGAUAGUUGACAUCCUCAAUGAUCAUCUAAACGAUAAGUUUUGGGAUGUCGUACCAUCUACCAAGCCCCUGAAGAGAAAAACUCAUGUCACUGCACCUAGUGUUCCCGAUAGAGUGGAUGAGAGCCCCUCCACAAAACGAAAGAGGGAGAAAGAAACUGCUCCAGAAAUGGAAGAAUCUCAUACUGAUAUGCCCACCAUCAACAUCACAAUACAAAAGUUGCUUGAGGCUGUUAACAACUUGAGUGGAAGACUAGAAACCAUAGAUGUUAGUGUAGCUGAAAGGGUUUCUAAGACAUUGGAAGCUUCUGUACAAGCUCAGAUGGAAGCUAGAAUCGGUUUAUUUGAGACUGAGUUCAAGAACAAGAUGGCCAUAUUACAGGAAGAAAUAAAGGUUCUUAAAGGGAAGGAUAAUGAAAAAACUCCAUCCGCUGCCGGCAACUCCAAAGCACACGAUGAAGACGACGCUUGUAGCAACACAAUGUCAUGGAUGGUUCAGACAAAAAAAAGUUCUGUUGAUGGUUUGCCAAUACAACGUGUCACUAAAAAGGAGAAGAAGAAUAAGAAGACAAUCCCGGUGAAGGAAUCUUCAGACGUGUCUCCAAAGCAUGUUUCGAAUCGUAACUCUGGCCCACGUCAAAAUUGAAUGAGCGCAAAUCGGCCAUACUCAUUGGAGAAUCCCUUUCUUCAGUCUUUCGUGCAUAAAUCAUCUUUUUACAAGAUCCAUGAACCUCUUCUACAUGGUUUGGUGGAAGCCCAUAUGUAGUAAAGUCUUCGUCAUCAGUUGUUGCUCCAUCAGAAUCAUCACAGUAAUCGAAUCGGUCACCCUCUUCGUCUGUAUCUUCUUCGUCUUCACCCAUACAGUCAUCUCCUUCCAUGGGUUGUUUCUGAUUUUCGCCAGCUCCUUCUCCAAAUCUUUUUUUCACUUUAAACUCUACACAUAGCCGAAUGUUCUCGAGUUUGCAAAGACCCAAGAAUGCAUGAAACUGUCUAUCGUUUCCUAUUUUCACAGGUGGUGUGUUGAUGCUUUGAUUGUGUAGAUUCUGCUUCGGAAUAAGGUACCUCAGUUCCAAGUUGUUUUCUGCAAAAUCAACUCCAUAAUCCUCAAAUAUGAUUUUCAAAAAAUCCUCAAAUCGAGUGUCCUCAUCCGCAGCAACUAUUAUGGUACCUCGAUCAUUAUCUACUUCAAACAACCACUUAGUUUUCUCAACUUUCCACUUCCCCGAGACAAGAAUCAUGUGCUCCAUUAUUCUCCAAUCAAUGUGAAUUAAAGGACACUGUUGUAGAUCUCCAUGAAAGUAGAGACAAAAUUUAUGAAUGAGAGGUAAGAGGAAGAAGAAGACGACGACAAAAAGAAGAACGUAAACCUAAAACGUGGUCUAAUAUGAUUCUUAAACUAGAAGUUUAAAUUAAUUUAAACCAAAAUUUAAAAUUAAUUUAAACCGAUUUCUAUUAAAAUUAAACCGAUUUUAAUUAAAACUAAACCGAAAUAUUUGGGCACUUGACCACAAUUUCGGGUGGAUAAAUCUGCCACAAUAAAUUUGUCUUACUCUCGUAAUUAGAAUUUGUCUUAUAAAUCUGCCGUCAAAGAUGGCAAAUUAAAAAAUCGGCCACCACAUGAAAAUAAAAGUCGACCAGAUAUUUAAAUCGAACAAACAUAUCUGCCAUAAAAAAAUAUGUCUAUUACCCAUUAAAAAUCGGCCUGCCUUAUAUUUAAAUCGAUCUUAAAAAUCUAACUGAUACGAUAUAAAACUGCCACUUUAAAAAAAUUUGCCACUACAUUCGAUAGACUAAAACCGAUAAAUCUAUUGACAACAUUAAAUCGGACAGAUAAAUCAGCCAUAUCAAAUAAAUCUGUUGUCACUUAAAAGUCUGCUACCAAAUAAACAGCAGAUUUAAAUUUAACAGCAGAUUUAAUUAACAGAUUUAAAUUACGACAGAUUUGUUUUUUGUUCAAUAAAUCUGCCGUUAGAAAUUUUUCUCAAAAUUUAAAUGGCAAUUUUGUAAUAUAGAUUUUUAUGACAACUAUAAAAAAGGGCAUUUUUGACCAUAAAAAUAAUUUAGUAAUUUUAAACUUUUAUGACUUAUUCUAGUAAUUAUUCAAGUAAUUUGCCUCCUUCUAGUAAACUUCCCUUAAAAGAAAUUAAGAAAUAGAGUGGAAAGUAUUUUGCAAAAGUAACUUUUUUGUUUUCCCAAAUGAAAUAUAUUGAAAACAUGAACGGUAGUUCCAAAUAUACAAAGCAACACCACCAAAAGAUUUAGAGCAUGUUUAUUGCAAUAACCCUUAAGAGGGUUCUUAGUCAAUAUUUAGUAUUAGAAUUAAGAGUUUAUGUUAAGAAACACCUAUUUUUAGUCCUCCAAUGGUAGUUUCUUAAGUUAAUGAUUCUUAAAAAAAUUAAAUUAUUAAACAUUUUUUAUUGAAACUAAACAAGAUCAACAAGAACAUUUGAAACAAUGAGAAAACAGAAUAAGAUCAACACCAGAAACAUUUGACCAUUUCAUUCAACCUACGAACUUCAAACACAUUUUAUAUAACACUUACGUGCACACUGUGAAGCAAUUUUGCAUGUUCUCAUCUUUAAGUCUUGCCUAACUACUAAA